AUGAAAACUAUUUUCAUAGCAAUAGCUUUAGCCAUUGUUAUGACACUGGGAAAUACUCAAGAUCUUCCUGAACCCGGUGUUUGUGGUGUUUCAUCAAUUGCGCCGAAGCCUCCUUCGCGUAUCGUCAACGGUGAAACAGCUAUUCCACACUCUCGACCAUAUCAGCUCCUGUUAGUUGGAUUCUUUCCAAAUGGAACGGCUAAGUACUAUUGUGGUGCCAGUCUUAUCAAACCAACACAUGCUCUUACAGCUGCUCACUGUGUUGCCGGAAACGAAGCGAAAGACAUUCGUGUCUAUCCUGGUAUUCACGAAUUUACAUCGUCUCUUCUGACACCAUCAGCCGGUAUUCCAGCACGAGAGUACUUCCGACACGAAUCCUACAACAGUCAAUCACUUGCAAAUGAUAUUGCCAUCAUUCGUUUACAAACACCAGUCGUCAUUGAUAAUGUCAAAACCGGUCUCAUUUGUUUACCACCUUCAUCAGCACCUGCUUGCGCAGUUGGUACUCCUGUUGUCGCAAGUGGCUGGGGUGCGUUUACUAGCAACAAAAACAUUACCGGUCCAUCACGACCAACCGAACUCAAUCAAGUCGGUCUUCAAUGUGUUGAUGCUCAAAAUUCUGACUGCCGACGAUUGACCUACACUCUCUUCUUUAUUCAAGACAAAUCAAAAUUGUGUGCCUAUGCACCAAACAAGGGAGUCUGCUUCGGUGACAGUGGUGGUCCACUUGUUCGUGAACGUACUACUGCUAGUGGACAAAAAUACCUUGAGCAAACAUCUAUGCUGAUGUUCGUUACUUCAGUUCAUGGAUUUUAA